CGUACUCCAAGUGUUAAAAUGGCCGCGACGUGCACGGCUUUAUGGAAAAAUUCGGUGUAUAACGUUGUUCGUUUGGCUGAGAGGUCGUUAAUAAGAUGUCAUCCAGUGAGAACAUGUUUCUACACUUCACAUCAUAGAGGUCAAGUGCGUGCUAAGCCAGCGCCAUUACAAUUGGAGGAUGACGACAAAGAACCACACAUGUUACAUGCUGUGUACAGAAUUCACGCCAUUUCAAAGCGACCUUAUUGGGAGCGAAAUAUUAUUAAACAUUUAGGAUUGGAUGUGAGGUUCAACGUUGUGAUUCAUAAGAAUACCCCUGCAGUGAAUGAAAUGUUACAAGCCAUUAAACACCUUGUCCGAAUACAACCUGUCAUUUUAAAACACGGCCUUCCAGAAGAUGGAGACUAUGACAAUACACUGCUUAAAAAUAAUGGCGAGUUUAUUUUGACCAAAAAAUUAAAACCAUUGAAAGACACCAAGAUAGAAAACGAUGUGUGAUGAACGUAUGAUUUAAAUUUAUUAUCAUUUUAGAAAUAAAUAAAAAAAUACUUUCUGUUA